AUGAAUACUUCUUCUGCCGAAAACAACGUCUUCACGUCUACAUUUGCCGCCCCCACAACUAGUUCUCUCUUGCAAUCACCUCCACCUUGCUUCGCUACUUUGACACCCGUAUCGCUAUCAUCAGCUUCCAGUCAUUUGUUAUCACAUUUCACUAAUCAAGCAAUCUUAUGCAACGAAAAAAUUUCUGCUGAAGCAUCUUCAAUCACUUCUCCAUCAUUAUUCUCAUCAUCAGCACCGAUGAUCUCUUCAUCGUCUUCAUUGAAUACUCUUUGCGAUAACAAGUCCAGAGCCAGACUUGCCUCUGUUAAACCUCUCAAUUCAAAUGAUUUGUCAGCUAUAAUUGACAUGUUCAAAAAUGUUGAAGACACAAACAUUCUUUCAUCAAGUUCCUUACUAGAGAAAGUUGUACCAACAUCAUCUGCCUUAUCAUCAUCUUUCUCGUUGUCGUCAGCAUCAUGCAAUAGAACACCACCACUCUCGCCAGCAUCUGUUUUAAGGGCACCAUCGGUACUAAAUAUUUUCCAGUCAUCUCGUGACAGCGAAUCUGAUUGCAUGUCUUCUGUUGCCACUUUUUCAAAUACGCUCGUUAACAGUAACAAUUCUAACCAUGAUCCAAUCACUGGCAGAAUAAUGCAGUUUGACGGGGCCAACGAUGAUGGUGAUGAUGAUGAUGAGGAAAGUGAGAGACAAGAAGAGAAGCAAGAAGAAGCAACUGCUGUGGAUGGUGUGUCGUUCACCUCAAAAUCAAGACAUUCAAAGAGAACAAUUAAGGAGAGGAAACAGAUGGUGGAUUCGAGAGUGCAGAACGAUAGUGGUCCCUUGCCAAGAGGAACUUAUAAAACAGUCCGGGUAAUCCCAAGACCUUGGAAAACCCCAGAAGGAACUGUUAACAGAUCGUCGUUGGCAAGUAUGUUGGAAGCUGUUUGCUUGUACAUAGCUGAACGACCUGGUGUGUCAACUCACGCACUGACUAACAAAUACCAUCCGGUGUUGCAACCUGUGGCUGUAUUGGAAUUACUGGAGAUGCUCGAUAUCUUGGGUGUCACCACCAAAAGCUAUUUGAAACCAAUCAAUAAACCUUCGCUUUUUUCAAGAAGAAAAGUUAAUGACUUAGGUCCACUAAGUAAUAACCCGGAGCUGGAGAUGAAUUUUGUGACUGCAGAUUUUAUGAUAAAAAUGGGACAGUUUUUCAACCAGCUGCAUGCUAACAAAAGAACUGAUGAUGAUGAUGAUUGAAUAAUUCAUGUUUAAUAAAUAUUCGUUGUUUAGAGUUUAAAAUAUUAAUUUUAUAACGCUGUGUUGAUUUCGAUUAAUUUCUUAAACUCUCUAAUGGCUUGGAAUGAGCAGUAGCCAAGAAAGGGUUGCCGAUGGGUAGGGAAUACUUGGCAUGACAAAUUUUUCCGUCAUUUAUUCACUACUUUAAUAAUUGUGAUUGUUAUAAAUAGUUGAAAACCUUUACAAGAGUUGCCCGUGCCAUUUAUUUCGGUAGUGAAUCACUCGUCUAUCUUUGGGGAAGCAAAACUUUCAUUCUUUUGUGAAA